AUGGGAAAAUCGAAAGCAUCGAAUAUGUCUAUGCUGAGAUUGCGAGGUAAGAAAAAGUUACAGUCGUCAUGCAAUUACGCAUAUUUUUGCUCAGUAACUGAGUACCUCGCAUCACGCAUCGGCUACAAUCGUGGCAUGUAUGUAUUAAUAAAAAGGCUAAAAAUCCUAUCUGCAAGCGUCCUCUUACGCAAGAAUUAUUACAUCUCAAGUUACUAAACCAUUUUUAAUCAUGUAUAUAAAUACUCAUUUUGAAAGAGUAGACUGCAUGCAUGAUUGCAACCAUCCAGCACUGUUUCCAGAGGAAGACCAUUCCAAAGUUUAUAAGCCCGCUAUAUCUUAUAACUCCUUUCAUGAAUUCGCAGCUAGGUUUUGGGAAAUCUAUUAUACAUCAGUGUUACUUUUUAUAAGACUAUAAUUUGCUUGGAAUAAGCAUGGCUAUGGUUUUUUCAAAUGACUCUUUGCGGAUUUCAAACAAAUAUGGAUUUCGUUAUGUCUUCUCCCUCAAUCUAAAGUUUCUCAAGCGAAAAGAACGUAUAUUCUAUAAACUUUUUUUUAGAAUUUUAAUGAAUUUCGUUUUUUAGAAUUUUAAUGAAUUUCGAAUGGACAUCUAUGUGGUUCUCCUUAAAAUUUUAAAAAUUUUGUUUGACUAAAUUUCUUCAUGAAGGCGCGGAUCAAUUGGAUUGUUAGGACGCAAAAUUUCAAAAUUUUCUUCUCUGAUUACUGAAAUUUCCUUCUCGGUAUAUAGGCAUCCGAAGAGUUGUUUCCGUCGCCAAGAAAUUGCCUAUUAAAGAAGGUAUAUAUAAAAGAAAACUAUUAUAUACGACUAUUUUUCAUAGUCAUGAAAUUUUGACGACAUUUUUAGGGAUUGCUAUGAUUCAAAAUUGGAAAAUUUUCUUGCCCGAUUAUUGAAAUUUCCUUUAUAGGCAUCCCAAGAGUUGCUGCCGCCGUCAAGAAAUCCCCUACUAAAGAAGGUAUAUGGAAACUAUAAUAUACAUACAACAAUAUAGGAUCACAUUGCGAGCCUCGCAUUGUUACAUUCUAUGUAGUGCAAAAAUAUGCCAACCAAUUCCUUCUUUUACUACAGAUGGGGUCAAGUAUUAUAAUCCCUCCAUCUACCGCUUAUCUGGAGAGUGGAUGUUAAUCAAUUGUGACGUUUUUGAUUGGGCUAGAACAAGUCUAUGAUUUAAACCCAAUGGAACCACCAACAUAUCUGACCUUCAUGUUGACAAUGAAAAGAUAAAAUUGGCCUCCAAGAAUGUCUUUAAUAUAACACGCUUGGUAUAUGAAGAUAGCGGGCAUUACAUAUGUUCAAUCAUUACUUGGAACUCUAGCGAUAUUAUUCACGGGGAGGUGACAAGACAUCAUCAACUCAUUGUACUGAAAGAAGGUAAAACGUGCAUGCGUGGACAGUUAACUUUCUCUCAAAUUUCUAUUCGAAUUUAUAAUAAUAAUAAUAAUAAUAAUAAUAAUGGAAACUUUAUUUUGACAUUUUAUGUAUAUAUAAUUAUAAAUCUCACUAAUUAAGGUAAUUUAUAAUUGACUACUUGAACUAUUAAUUAUUGAUAAAACUAUAUUACAGGUAUAAAACUAAGAGAAAGCUCAUUCUUAAAUGUUCAUCAAGUCCGGAUCGGACCAAUCCUUGUUUCUACAACAAAAUAUAUAGUACGUUGUUCUGAAUAAAUAUAUAGUACGUUGUUCUAAAUAAUAAUAAUAAUAAUAAUACAAUCACUAAAGUUGUAUUAAGUCCUUGCAUGGAAAAUAUAAGUAAGUGUCUGACAACAUGCAUGCGUUUAUACAUUCUAAGCAUGCGUUGAAACAGAAUUUUGUUGCAAGCUGUAGCAAUUGUGCUGUUCAUGUUAUUCUUAUAUUUUAAUAGGGAAAUCUUACAUGAAAGCUAAAAUCCAGAAGAACCCAAAUGAAGCAUACUAUGAUAUUGGAAUCAAUGCUAACCUAACAUGCGAAGCAGAACAAAAUACCAAUUUGUAUGAAAUUAUUUGGUACAAAUUUGAUUCGCGAGGAUAUCCGAUAAAACUGAAAUCUGCACUCGAUGGACCUGGAAUCCUAACUCUGACGCUGAAUUCAUUGUCCGCGAAAGACUCGGGGAGCUACAAGUGUGAAGUAUUUCGUCCUCAAGUUAAUUAUUACAACUCUCAGUUUGUCAAUAUAACUGUUAAAGGUAAGCCUUUUAGUUUUAACCUCACGUUAGCAACUACUGUUUUACAAUUUUGCGAGAGAACGUUAACGCGUAUGUGAGAGUCAAUUGAAACUGAAAACGAGAGAGGGAAGCUGUUGGACAGGACGCGAAUGGCAUGCUCUUGUCAAUGCACAAAAUCAGUUAAUUUCUAAGAAAGACCAAAUUUUUUAUUUUUGAGAUGGCCUUUAUCUAAUAUUCAUUGUCAUGUUAUUUUCCACACUACUUGCGAAUAUCGCGUGUUUGAAUCAUAAAACACUAGAAACUGGAAGACCUUUAAGGACAAGGUUUGGGGAGCAUCGGCGUGCAGUCAUUGGCAAUGAUGCUAACCAGCCUGCUGCCAGACAAUUUAAUACUGACAAUCACAAUCUUUCAGGUAUGGAAAUUCGAGCCCUGUGUCCCAUUUCCGGUUGCAACGAUAGUCGCAAAAGACACGAAAUUAUACUUCUCAUUUCCAAACUUGGCACUUCCCACCCCUAUGGCAUUAAUGAACGUUUUUCCUAUGUUUAACUCUUAAUUAUCUGUCAUUGCCUGUCUAAAGCAGACAUUGACAGUACCUUUAAUUCUUACCUUAUUCCAUCAUACUUGUUUCAUAUAUUUUGUUGUAUAUUUGCUGUAGUUUUCUGUAUAUUUGUAAUGUGAUUUACAUUUUUGUUUAUACUUUGUUUUGACUUAAUCCAUCUAAUUAGGUUUAUUUUUUUGUUACAUGACCGCUUUUAUAUUCUUAGAAUAUAAAAGUUCAUGUGAUUUUCCCGGCCCCCGUUAGUAAAACUCCAGACGAAGGACCUUCGCUCGAAACGUCGAAAUUUUACUUAUAUAUUUUCAGGUAGUUGCAUCCCUACCAACGAAAGCUUGCUAAAACAAAUUUUUUCAUUUAUUUGCUGACCUAUCGAUACAAGUUGUUUUCUAAUUAGCCAUCAAUUUCACAACAGAUAAUGCAAAUGCGUGUUUAAAAUUAUUAUAUAGCUACAGACAUUUACAAUUGUUCGUUUAUUUUGACAGUAAAACCCGAGAUACAGUUGGCAGCGACGUACCUCUUUAAGAAAGGGAUGAUAAUUAACUGCUCAUUGAAGAAUACUGAUGAAGUCAACCCACCGCAAGUGAAGUAUACGUGGUUUUCGUGUGACAGCGCCAGCUGUGAUGAAGAAAGUGCAAAAUUGAAAAUUGAAUCAUAUUCCUUACGACUUAACAGUCAGGCAAGAAUUGCCAUGAAGUAUCGAUGCAUAGCCAUAAAUGCCGCUGGCAGUGACUCUAAAAUCAUUGAAGUUAUUAAGUUAAGUAAGUCGACUACAUUUUGA